GUUGACUUGUACGAUUCCGGUGCGAGUCAUCAUAUGUCACCUUACCGCCAGGACUCCCUCUCCUUUCGUGAGACCAAGCCGCAGACGUUGAAUGCCGCAAACCAGCAGCAUUUCGAGGCACUUGAGGUUGGGGACAUUAUUGUCUCCAUACCAAAC